GACAGCGUUGCAGAUGAGAUGCUCAUCGCUUUCCCGCGAGUCGAGGAACGGGGGGUUUUGCCGGGAGCCAGCAGGCUCGAUCAAUCUGGCGGGGUACGUAGCUCUAUCGUAGCUGUAUGUACAGCUGGCUGGCUGGUUGUACCUAUGUAGAUACAUACAUAGCUGGGCUGGCUCGCUGGCUGGCGUGGUCUUGCUGGUGAUAACUAUGCUGCGGUGGUACCAUAGUAGUGGGGUUGGCGAUGGCGAUGGCGAUGGCAAUGGCGAGGGCAUCUAUCACGCCCCACCACUGGUUCGCCGCCACCACUACCACCACCACCACCACCACUACCACCACCACUACUACCACCACCGGCAUCGGUUGCAGACCAGAUCUACCUAGAGUACUGCCUAUACAUAUUAGGUAUUAUUAUCGAGCAGGUGACAACCUGCUCCUCCUCCGCAUCCUCCUCCGAGUUGGGCACCCAGCCCAGAUAGAUAUCCCCCGAACCCAGGGACCAAGGAACUACUUACCUCAUGACGACCAUAUUCCGAACGGGCAACAGAACUGUCACAGCAUGGCCGAAUGGUUGAAUGUCCGAAUGCGGCAGGCUGCAACGACCAACCCUGCGGAUGGGGAUUACCACAUCCGCCCGCUGCGCAGCUGCCAAGCGUACUCUGGUACAGGGGGGGUGGUGAAUGAUGGAGAUGGAUACGUGUGAGCUGCGUGGGAGCCCUAUUUGGGGGUGUUUUGCCUCGGCUGCGUGGUCGUCGAUUGGGAUAGCUUACUUACAUACGGUACAAGCAGGUGUCAGCCACAGAACGCCACAGUUGAGGUGGCGGAUGCCGGUGGAUGAUGCUGGAUGAUCGUGGAUGAUCAUGGACGACGCUGG